AUGCGGUGCGUCCCCGCGCCCCGGCCCCCGCGCUCGCUGACGCUGUCCCCAGCCCCGUUCCCCCCGCGCUCCCACUCCUGUGGCGCGCUGUCCCCGGCACACGUCGGCGAACGCGUCGUCCUCGCAGGCUGGCUCCUCCCAGAACGAAAACUCUCCGCCGCCCUGUCCUUCUUCCCCCUCAAGGACUCCUUCGGCACAACACAGCUCGUCGUCUCCCGCCCGCCCGGCGACACCGCCCUCGCCGCCCUCUCUGACGUCCCCGUAGAGUCCGCCGUCCUCGUCCAGGGCGAGGUCCAUCUCCGCCCACAAAAACAGCGUCGUCCCGAACCGGCAGGUGACAUAGAAGUCCUCGUCGACGACUUCACCCUCCUCAACCCCGCAGCCCGCGACCUGCCCUUUGUUCCCUCCGACACCCACAACCUUCCGAACGAAGAUCUCCGCGCCCAGCACCGCUACCUCGACCUCCGCCGCUCCGCCCUCACCGCUAACAUACACAAGCGCAGCCGCGUCGCACACCUCGUCCGCACCGUCCUCCACGAUCACGCCUUCCAAGAGGUCGAGACCCCCAUCCUCCUCAAGUCCACCCCCGAGGGCGCACGCGAGUUCCUCGUCCCCACACGUCACACCGCUUCCCCCUCCGAAUCCUCCUCCGCGGUCCAGCAGCCCCUCUUCUACGCCCUCCCCCAGUCCCCGCAGCAGCCAAAGCAGCUCCUCAUCUGCUCCGGCGCCGUCGACCGCUACUACCAGCUCGCCCGCUGCUUCCGCGACGAGGACGGCCGCCGCGACCGCCAGCCCGAAUUCACCCAGGUCGACCUCGAGAUGGCCUUUGUCCCCUGGGGCCCCCGCCCACACGAGCUCGCCCGCGGCUGGCGCAUCGGCGGCGGCGACGUCCGCGACGUCGUCGAGGCCCUCGUCACCCGCAUCUGGGCCGACGUCGAGCACGUCCAGCUCCAGGACGGCUUCAGAGUCGUCCGCUAUGCAGACGCCAUGGCCAGGUAUGGCUCCGACAAGCCCGACACCCGCUUCGGCCUCGAGAUCAUCGACGCCCGCGCGCUCCUCCCGCCCAGCGCCCGCGCGGCCCUCGGCGCCUCGCGCGGCACGCUCGACUGCCUCGUCGUUCGCUCCGGGUCCGCAUCGGACGCCGCCUUUGCACGCGCCGCGCGCGAGUGCGCCCUCGAGCCCUCCGCGAACGCAGACGCGCUCGCGUGGCUGCGCUCGAGCCGCACCGUGCGCGAGCUCACCACCGCGGGCGAGGACCCGGACGCGCGCGCAAACGAUCUUGACGGCGCGGACGACGGCGAGGGCCUGGACGUCUCGCCCGGCGACGUCGUGUAUCUCGCGACGCGCCGGGACCCGCCAGAGGGAGGAUCGACGGCGCUCGGGCGACAGCGCCUGCGCCUCGCCGACCUAGCGCAGUCGCGCGGCGAGUACGCGCCGCCCGCGGCGCCCCACUUUCUGUGGGUGACGGAGUUCCCGCUGUUCACGCGCGCGGACGAGGACAAGGAGGCGCUCGCGCGCGGGCGGUGGAGCAGCUCGCAUCACCCGUUCACGGCGCCGAUGUGGGAGGACGUGCGCGCGCUGUACGAGGGCCGCGUCGACGAGGUCCGCGGGCAGCACUACGACCUGGUGCUCGACGGCGUCGAGAUCGGCGGCGGCUCGGUGCGCGUGCACGACGCGGCGAUGCAGGAGCACAUCUUCAAGCACGUCCUCCAGCUCGACGAGCGCGAGAGGGCCUCGUUCGAUCACUUGCUGCAUGCGCUCAAGUGCGGCGCGCCGCCGCACGGGGGCAUCGCGCUCGGGUUCGACCGGCUGAUGGCCGUGCUCUGCAAGACGGCGUCGAUCCGCGACGUGAUCGCGUUCCCCAAGUCGGGCGCGGGCGCAGACGCGCUGUUCAGGAGCCCGGCGCCCGUCGCCGCGGACGUGCUCGCGCAGUACGGCAUCACGCCCGCGCCCACGCCCGCGGCGCGGCGACGGUGACGGUGACGUAGCGCGGACGUCUGCGCGUGUCGUGUGCGAGGAUGCGCGCUGCGAUGCCGAUCGACGGGCGGCGGUCAGGACGUAAUGCGGACGUGCGGACGUGCAAGUGGGUGGGUCAGUCGAGGUCAGCGGGUCAGCGGGUCAGCGGGUCAGUCAUCGGGGGCGGGGGCGCGGGCGGGGGCAGUGCGGGGGCAGGGUUGGGGCUCUUGGUCGCCGGCCGGGUAUCUACGAUGACGGGUUUGGGCUGGGUCCGGUCUCUUGAUCACAGUCGACGCCUUCUGCGUGCUUCGCGCGGUGACGUGCGGAUGCGUGCACGGCCGCGCGGGAAGCGAACAAGCGAAUAAAAUAAAACACCUCUCUUCAUC